CUCUCCCACUCCCCCCUGCUCCCUCCCCUCCCCACAAACAAAUCCCUCUCGCGCGCGCCGCUGCCGCCGCCACGCACGCACGCACGCACGCGAUCGUCUCGCCACGACCAUGAGCCUCACGGCGGCGGCUGUGGCCGUGGGCCCGCCCGCGUUCGCCGUCGGGGCCGCGCCGGCCGCGGAGAUGGAGAUGGGCCCCGAGCUGGCGCCGCCGGAGCCGAGCCGCGGCGUGGGCCGCGUCGGGGAGGACGGCGGCGUGGAGCCGGAGCGGCGGGCGUCGCGGUUCCGGCGGAUCUGCGUCUACUGCGGCAGCGCCAAGGGGCGCAAGGCCAGCUACCAGGACGCCGCCGUCGAGCUCGGCAAGGAGAUGGUGGAGAGGGGCAUAGACCUGGUCUACGGGGGCGGCUCCAUCGGCCUCAUGGGCCUCGUCUCCCACGCCGUCCACGCCGGCGGCCGCCAUGUCAUCGGGAUCAUCCCAAGAUCACUCAUGCCCAGAGAGGUAACUGGGGAUCCUGUAGGGGAAGUUAGAGCUGUUUCUGGCAUGCACGAGAGGAAGGCCGAAAUGGCUCGGUUUGCUGAUGCUUUUAUUGCCUUACCAGGCGGCUAUGGAACCUUGGAGGAGUUGCUUGAAGUGAUCACGUGGGCACAACUAGGAAUACAUAAGAAGCCGGUCGGUCUGCUGAACGUCGACGGAUUCUACGACCCACUGCUGUCGUUCAUUGACGUGGCCGUCAACGAAGGCUUCAUCACCCAGGAGGCGAGGCAGAUCAUCAUCUCGGCCCCAACAGCCAAGGAGCUAGUGAUGAAGCUGGAGGAGUACGUCCCCGAGUAUGAGGUCGGCCUGGUCUGGGAUGACCAGAACCAGAUGCCAAGCAACAGCCUGGUCCCGGAGCCGCUGGAGACACCCGCGAUCACUUCAUCCUAAUCGAUGUGCCUCGCCUACAUCUCAGUUAGGGUUCUAACAACAGUGUCGAGAUAGCGGCGCCACAUAUAUUUAUUCUCUCCUAGAUAAGUCCUAGCCAACUGAAGGGCGACGAGGGGGCACAUUAUAGCAUGUGUGCUUGUUUUGGUAGCGUCGAUCGACCGAUCUCUUGUGUCACCGCUGAUGAUUGUUUUGGGUGGCAUGAUUAUAUUAAAUUAACUAGUGAGUAGUAGCUUACUAGCUUCCAACUUGUAUGGAUGGUUGAAUGGGUCACGGUUGGAUAGGCAAAGCAUGCAGCUAAGCCUCUGAAUUGAUCCUGCUGUGAUCCUGGAACAAGGGUUGACUAUAUAAAUAGCAGCACAUAUAGUUUAUCAA